AUGGCUACCGAAAAGUCUGUGGUGGGAGUGAUCAGGGCAGCGAGGCCGACGUUUAGGAAUAAUCAGGACAAGAUCGCAUUCGUUGUUCACGCUUCCUUCCACGCCGCUGGUUACUUGCUCACCGCGACGGGGAUUCCCGCCUUGUCGGAAUCCGCUCUCUCUUCUACCUCCUCAGACGAGGUUGGGAUUGAUAACUGGAACGAGGUUGAUGGCGAGUAUGGGUUCGUGUAUGUGAACCCUGAGAAUUUAGGGAAGAGGGUUCUGGUUAAAUGUUUGGCGAUGAACGACCAGCUGGUGGUUAGUGCUUUGCUUGUUGAUGCGGGUUCCAAUUCCGGGGCAGACCCUGUUCAUAUGGAAAUUAGUGUUAACGACUAUGUUGGCGAGAAUGGGGCCUCGAAUUACUCUGAGCAGUUCAAGAAGUUAGAUAAGCUGAUUUCCAGUAUCAACACCGAGGUCUUGUCUAAAUUGGGUGGCUCUUCCCAUUCUGGCUCGUCAAGUGAAUCACGGAGUCAAGCAAGUGAUACAUCAAGGCAUGCUGGGAAUGAACCACGCAAUCCAUCGCCCAACCCUAGCCCUCAUCCUUCUGGAGUCAUAGUCCCUCCUGUUCCUCCCUUUGGCAUGGAUGAUCUUGUUCCUGGGGCUGGUGCUGGAAUGUACCCUAGAAGGGGUGGUUUUGGUGGUGAUGGUGGCAUGCUUCUAGGGCCUAAUGACCCUAGAUGGUUUGGCGGGGAUAAUGAAGGGCUUGGUUUCCCUGGAGCACAACCAGGUGUUCCUCCUGGUGCCCGUUUUGAUCCUUAUGGCCCACCCGGAAUUCCAGAGAUCCAGCGAGGCCUGGAAGGGGAAGGGGCGUUGAUCCAGACAUUGAGCAGCCUGGCCACGGCUUUGAUUACAUCUGAUAUUGCACGGCGUUUUUGUACUCGCAUUAGCAACGACGAGCCUGUGUUUCAGAAGUUGCUUAAUAAGGUUGUAUACGAUACUAGGUCUCGUUUCGAUUGUACAUAUCAAAAUUUGGAGGCGAAUAGGCACACCAUAAUUCUGAUGCAGGCUUCCCCCAAUAGAGCAACCAGAACUUUCAUGGAUUUCGGGUCUAUAUCUCAGGCCAUGGAAGGCAUAUGUGGACUAUAUGAGAGAAAGCUUAAGGAAAUCAAUCCAGCAUUGAGAAACCUCAGUUAUGACAUUGCGGAUCUCUACAAUUUUAUUGAUGGCCUUGCAGACUUGAGCGCAUUAGUCUAUGAUCACACAAUUCAGGCUUAUCUGCCAUAUGACAGGCAGUGGGUCAAACAGAAGAUAUUUCAACACCUCAAGAAGUUGGCACAUUGA